CAGGGCACAAUUCGCCCGCAAUGACCCGCGAUCAACUGCGCAGGCGUAAGAAGUGCCCAAAAAAAUUAUUCCCGCAAUUGCGCAUGCGCAGAACACAACGGACAAACUGGUGAAUCGGCAGCAGGAAGAAGCGGGGCUGCGGCUUCGGGAUUCAUCAGUACUGGAGUCGGCACUGCGGCUAACGGAAAACUGCUGUGAGUUCCGGGUUAGAAAUGGUGAAGUUGUGAACGGGAAUCUCAAACUCGAGCACCUCAGGUUUGCUGCGUCUGUGCAGAUUUUAAGGAGUGACCAGAUAUUUCCUCUGUACCACCAAUAUAUUUAUUGCGAUCGUUGGAGAUGAAGAACUAUUACAUUCCAGCUGGGAAUGUGCUUUGUGACUGAGAUGAAGAUUUUUGUUGUGACUCAGUGAAAUCCACUAGAACUGACGUGCUGAGAACACUAGGUCUUCAACUGCAUUGAUUGUACAAGGGAGUCACUACGUCAAUCAUCUGACUUAAUGAAUUGCUAGAGAAUUGACAGUAGGGAGAUAUCAUUCUCGUUCUGUCACGUGGAAGGGAUUCACUCAGUUAUCUGACCAACUGUUCUCACUGUUCAGUUCACCUUGGAGAGAGGCUGUUCACCUCAGAAUGUGGGAAGGAAUCCAUUAAGUCAUCUGACCUACUGACACACCAAUCAGUUCACACUGGGAAAAUGCCGUUUACUUGCUCAGACUGUGGAAAGGGAUUCUCUUUCUCAUCCAACUUACAAAGACAUCAGCGAGUUCACACUGGGGAGAGGCCAUUCACCUGCUCAGACUGUGGGAAGCGAUUCACUAGACAAUCUCACCUGCAGUCACAUCAGUCAGUUCACACCGGGGAGAAACCAUUCACCUGUUCAGAAUGUGGGAAGGGAUUCACUCAGUCAAAUGAGCUUCUCAGACACCAGUCAGUUCACACUGGGGAGUGGUUGUUCACUUGCUCAGAUUGCGGGAAAGGAUUCAAUUCGUUAUCUGCUCUUCACAGACACCAGUCAGUUCACGCUGGGAAGGGGUUGUUCACCUGCUCAGAUUGUGGGAAAGGAUUCAAUUCGUUAUCUGCCCUUCACAGACACCAGUCAGUUCACACUGGGAAGGGAUUGUUCACUUGCUCAGAUUGUGGGAAAGGAUUCUCUCGGUUAUCUGAACUGAAAAUACAUCAGCGAGUUCACACUGGGGAGAGGCCAUUCAACUGCUCAGACUGUGGGAAGCGAUUCGCUAGGUCAUCUCUCCUGUACAGACAUCAGCGAAUUCACACUGGGGAGAGGCCAUUCACCUGCUCCGUGUGUGGGAAAGGGUUUGCUCGCUCAUCCCACCUAAAGAGACAUGAAUCAACUCACAGUGUGAAGAAACCAUUCACCUGCUCAGACUGUGGAAAGGGAUUUUCCCAAUCAUCAGACCUACUGACACACCAGUCAGUUCACACGGGAGAGUGGUUGUUCACCUGCUCAGAUUGUGGGAAAGGAUUCAUCUCGUCAUCUCAACUGAAAACACAUCAGCGAGUUCACACUGGGGAGAAGCCGUUCACCUGCUCAGACUGUGGGAAGGGAUUCGCUCAGUUAUCCACCCUACAGGCACACCGGCGACUUCACUCUGGGGAGAAACCAUUCACCUGCUCAGACUGUGGUAAGCAAUUCACUCAGAUAACCAGGCUGCAGACACACCUGCGAGUUCACACUGGUGAGAGGCCGUUCUCCUGCUCUGAAUGUGGAAAAGGAUUCAGUCGGUUUUCUGAACUGAAAAUACAUCAGCGAGUUCACACUGGGGAGAGGCCAUUCACCUGCUCAGACUGUGGGAAGCGAUUCACUAGUUCAUCUCUCCUGUACAGACACCAGCGAGUUCACACUGGGGAGAGACCAUUCACCUGCUCCGUGUGUGGGAAAGGGUUUGCUCGAACAUCCCACCUACAGAGACAUGAGUCAACUCACAGUGUGAAGAAACCAUUCACCUGCUCAGACUGUGGAAAGGGAUUUUCCGAAUCAUCAGACCUACUGACACACCAGUCAGUUCACACGGGAGAGUAGUUGUUCACCUGCUCAGACUGUGGGAAGGGAUUCGCUGAGUUAUCCACCUUCCAGGCACACCAGCGACUUCACUCUGGGGAGAAACCAUUCACCUGCUCAGACUGUGGUAAGCAAUUCACUGAGAUAACCAGGCUGCAGACACACCUGCAAGUUCACACUGGUGAAAGGCUGUUCUGCUCUGAAUGUGGGAAGCUAUUCAGUCGGACAUCCGAACUUACGAAACACUACCGAGUUCACAGAGAGGACACAAUUUUAAUAUGCCUCAUGCUGGAUAUUUAACCAUCAAAUUUGCUGAAGUCAGAGACGAAUUCAAAAGAGACUGUUGGUGUUGAACUCCAGUAAUUUUUGCUGCUGCUUAUCACAUCCAGUUCUACAUCCUGGCCUCUGGAACUGAGAGGAGUUUCUUCUGCUGAUGUUCACCUUUAAUCCUUUAAUGGGAGUGGAAAUUAAUUUUCUGGAUACAUUAUUAAUAAAUCAUUUGUAUUUUAAACUUUGCCUCAGGUACUUGCUGGAUUUACAACUCACCCCAUGU